AUGGCUGAUUGCGAUGGAAUAGAAAGCCAUUUACGUCAUGUAAGAGCAAGUCUAGUAUCACCAUUGUGUACUUCCGCAGAUAUCGUGGACUCACAAAAUUAAUCAGGGUACCCCACUUGGUACCCCCUCCGAUUUGCGCAAAGACAAAGCUAAUGCAUCACGUGGUUUCGUCCUCUUUCCCUGUGCUCGUAGAAAAUGGUGGGUGCCUCUCUGAGAGAUGUGUUUAAAAUCAGUCGGUUUAACUGUAAUUUUAUGAUCAUCUUGUCCAGACUGGUGCUUAGAUCUUUCAAAAAGUGUUAUUAGCUUAUGGAAACUGACAUAUUUUUUUUUACUUCUUCCGAAAAUGUACGUUUCUCGUAAGGUUUUAUAUCGUAGGUGGCGUGUGGUUAACAAGCUUGAAUGGAAGAGUUAUGAGCGUAGUACUCUAAAGUAGAUCUUCGACUGCACGAAACCCCCAUAAUGUAACAUGGAAAGUAAAUCAGUCCCUAGAUCGAGAGUUGAUGCUUUUUUUUUUUUUUUCAAAUAUCGUUGCCUACCUUUAUCCAUCUCACUCCCGUCAGGUCGUAUCCCCCAUCAUCUUUCUUGUCGAUUGGUUCCUAUGCCAUUUUCCUCUUCUUCAAAUCGAAGGUUUCCUACCUAGUAAUAUUCAGAAAUAAACUUUUAGUGACCGAUUUUAUAAUUAAGGCUAAGUUGGGCUGUUGACAUUAGUAAGGGAACAACUGAAUAAUUUUAUCGUAUAUUCGUGAACAUUUCACCUUGCACGAAGUUGACUUUGGGGCAAAAUCUUGCCAGCCGAGAAAAUGAGGCAAUUCCUCUUACAUAUUUCUUGAGGAUAUGGUUGUAGGUACACUGUAGGAUCUUGUUUGAAUUGGGGUGGGUGCAGUUCAGUGUAUUAAAUCCAUUCCUCUUAUUUGAUGGGCAACUGUGCCAGUACUCCCAGUGACGUAUACCGGGUCCAUGGUGUAAAGACCUCUUUCUAAAACUUAAUCCUCCUCUCAGUAUCUCGUUUCUAUUUUUAGUUUCAAGUUUAGCCUUUCCUUGUUGUUUUGUGGUUGCAUGUCAGAUUGAUUAAUUGUGUACAUUUGUGCAUUCUUUAGUCUCAUAGGAAGUUCAGAGCACCACGACACGGUUCCCUCGGCUUCUUGCCUCGUAAGAGGUGCAAGCAUCAUAAUGGGAGGAUAAAGUCCUUCCCCAAGGAUGACCCAACCCUUCCACCUCAUUUGACAGCUUUUGUGGGUUUCAAAGCUGGUAUGACCCACAUUGUGAGAGAAGUGGAGAAACCAGGAUCAAGUAUGUGACUUGAACUGCUUUCAAGACUUAAAUUAAGUCUAUUUAGUAACAUUAGACAGUAUAACUUAUCAACAUUCCUUUUGUUAUUCCUGUUUUGAUAGUAUGAUAAUCACUGAACAUCAAGGAAUGUCCUAGUCUUAGUUAAGUUCAGCAGGCUUGGACACAUUUGGUGUCUUAAUAAUGAAACAUAAAUUUAACUUUAAACUGAGUUAUUAUUUGAAAUACAUACUUUUUGGGACACAAUUUUGAAUUUGUCUCAAACAGCUGUCUUCCAAUCGAAGCAUGUUAGUGUAUUUUUUAUCACAGUGAAAUUGUGUACACAAGUGAAUCUUCAAUUGUUAUCUUUUCCUUUCUGAACAGAGAUCCAUAAGAAGGAAGUGGUUGAAGCAGUAACAAUUAUUGAGACACCACCUCUGAUGGUUGUUGGUGUUGUUGGGUACAUUGAGACUCCCAGAGGACUUCGUGUCCUCAAAACAAUCUGGGCUGAACAUCUGAGUGAAGAAUGCAAGCGCCGUUUCUACAAGAAUUGGUAUGUGUUCAUCUUGAAUGCAGUCAUGUUAUUCAUUUAAUCUAAUAAAUCAUAAAAACGGUACUGUGUAAUGUUCAAAGAAGCCCUUCAGUGACAUGACAUUUACUAGGAGAUUUUACUUAUUUAUCAACCCAAAAAAAUGUAAUUUAAUAAUUUUGAUCAAAGAUAAGGUAUUGAUAUAUAAACUAAGGAAACUCAUUUAGAAUGCACAACAUACCAAAUACUUGGAUUAUGCAUGUGUUUUAGUGCAAAUAUUGUAUAGUGUAGCAUUUUUUUGGGCUUGUUUUUGAAGAUAAUUUGUUCAUUUAUUAUUACUGUUAUACUAUUGUAACGUUGUGUUCUGUGGAGCACUUCUAACCAGAGUUUCCCAUGAAGUGCCUUUUCUCCGCUCGGUACACCUUUACCGAUGAGAUCUGGCUCCCCUUUUCCUUCUUCUGUUUCAUCAACCAUGCCCAUGCUGGUUUGUACAUAAAGGUGCAAGUCCAAGAAGAAGGCAUUCUCCAAGGCCUCCAAGCGAUGGGGAGAUGAGGAUGGCAAGACUGCUAUUGAGAAUGACUUCAACACCAUGAAGAAGUACUGCAAAGUCAUCCGUGUUAUUUGCCAUACACAGGUAUUUAUCUCGUAUAGGUUUUUGAAAAAUAUCAUUUCAGGCUAUUUCCUUAUUACUCAUAUUUGAUUGGCUCCCAGCUAGUGUGGAUAUUGUUUUAUGAUACAGACAAACGUCAUUUACUAUAUCAAAUAAACUUUUGUCAGUUAUUAGGUAUAAGUCACAUGGGGAAGGGCAUGGCAGGUCAAAUUGCUUUCCUCUUAUGUUCAUGUAAAUUAGCCUUUCCAGCCUUAACAACGACAGCAAUAGAAUAUUUCUUCAAAAGAGAGCUCAAGAAGAAUGAAUUUUAUGGACAUUAAAGAAUGUUAUUUAUGCCUGCCAUUAUCAAAAUAAAGUGUAUUCUUUGCCUCUAUGAAUGUUUGAUGCAAGUUCAUUUCUUCUUCCUUAAAGGAAGCAAGGAAAGUUGAUAUAUUCCAGAAGUUUAAUGAGGGCGACAGAAAUUCAUUGAAAAAAAAUAGGAUUUUAUUUCGUUAGAGCAAAUGAGCUUACAUAACCAUGAGUGAAUUUUCAUUUUCAGGAUAUUUCUAAACUGAUUUGUAGACUAAGUAAGGAGAGAUUCCACAUAAAAUUUUUUUAUGGAAGGUUAUAAAUAUUAAUACAUUUGAAAGAGCAUAAUCCCUUAGGGCUAAAUUCUAUCAAUUUUCUUUAAUCAAUUGGCACCCAGAAACGAGGACUGACUAUUUUUCAUUCAGCCAGUGGCCAGUGCCUUUAAUUUUGCUUUUCCCUGACACCUCAUUUCAUUGUAAUUCUUUAAAGUAAACAUUAUGUGGUUCAUGAAAAAUAGGUGUUCUUAUUGUAAUCUGUUCAACCUUUUGAUAGCAAAAACUUGUGAAACUUGGCCAAAAGAAGGCUAUUAUUAAGGAGAUCCAAGUCAAUGGUGGUAAGGAUGUUGGAGAGAAGAUUGACUGGGCACGUGAGCGCCUUGAAAACCCUGCACCUGUUCGCAAAGUGUUUGCACAGGAUGAGAUGAUUGAUAUCAUUGGUGUAUCCAAGGGUCAUGGAUUUAAGGGUGUCACUUACAGAUGGGGUACCAAGAAGUUGCCACGCAAGACUCACAAGGGUUUGCGUAAAGUGGCUUGUAUUGGGGCAUGGCAUCCAGCCCGUGUUUCAUACUCUGUUGCACGUGCAGGUCAGUUUGGUUACCAUCAUCGUACUGAAAUCAACAAGAAGAUCUACCGUAUUGGUCGUGGUAUUCACACUAAAGAUGGAAAGGUGGUGAAGAACAAUGCCAGUACUGAGUAUGAUCUGACUGACAAGGCAAUCACUCCAAUGGUGAGUUCAUCUUAAAGGAUAUGAUUUUGAGAAACAUCUUUUAGAUACAGUUUAAAUUGGAGAAAAUAGGGAGUGCAAUGCAACAUGUGCAACCUGCAAGAGUGGCUUAACUGCAUCUUGCAGUUCUGUUAAAAAAUCAUGACACUUCAUGGGCUUAGGUCAAAGGGAAUGCACCCAAAUGCACCCUUAGUGAAGGCCCACUCCACUCUGAGUGAGGACUUACCUUGUGGGAUUGACAUCUGAACAUAGGAAAGGAGAGCAGAAUUUAAUUUAAGCCUUUCUCAUGUUUGUUCAAAAUCUUGUGAAAUCUUUCUCAAACUUAAUAAACAAAUAACUUUUGUGUGUGUUAUUUGCACCUUAACAAUGCUGUAACUCUCUCUUUGGCUUACCUUUAGGGUACUUUCCCUCACUACGGUGAAGUGAAUGAAGACUAUGUCAUGGUCAAGGGAUGUGUUGUAGGCAAAGUGAAACGUGUCCUUACUCUGCGUAAGGUAAGACGAGGAUCUUGUAGCAACAAGCACCUCAAUAUUUGCGUUUCAGUGUGUUGAAGUAGGUAUUGGCAAUGUUAAAGUAGUAUGUAAGUGUUAGUUGUACAGAGGUCUAAUAUUUUUCAGAAUUGGAGGUGAACAUGAAUUAAAGAACUCCAGAAGCCGGUGUAUUAAUUCUAGCAAUGACCGUUUUGACAUGUCAUUCGUUCACAGUCAUUGCUUGUCCAAACAAACCGUGCUGCCUUGGAGAAGAUCCAACUUAAGUUCAUUGAUACAUCGUCCAAGUUUGGCCAUGGACGCUUCCAGCAUCCAGCGGAGAAGAGAGCAUUCAUGGGUCUCCUCAAAAAAGACCGGGAGAGGGAGCUUACUGCUGGUGCAGAGUAA